UGUCGAUAUUUGGGUAUAAUAGGGAAAUAAUUCGCGUGUUAGAUGUGGAUGAUAACAGCACUAGUUAUCUGGAAACUUGAACAAUGAAGUGAUGAACUAGUGUAUUUGACCUGCUCCUGUACACAUGGCCUCUCAAGGCUGAUUUAUGUUGUAAAUGACAGCAAACAACACAAUUCUAGAUAAUCUAAAAUUCGAUCUUUAUGAGUAACCUGUGCGGAAGAACGUUCUUGAGUAAAGGUUAACUAUAAAAAAUGUAAUGCCCAACUAGUGCAUAUUGUCCAUCUUCAAUUUUUGGUUUUGGUAUUUAUCAUGAGUUAGUUGAUCCCUUAAACAAAUAUAUUUUGAGAUUGUGAGGGGAUUUAUUACAACAGACAGACACGUGUAAGUGGAAUUUUCAUGCUGUCAAUAAAAGUGACAUUUUGUGAUGAGUCGGAAAUCCAACCGUCAAGCACCACCAUCACGAGAUAAUUCUGCUACAGCAUAUCGUUUGGCUGACUACCUUGGAGAAACUUCUACACCUCUUGCAGGACACGGCAUUUCUUCACCUCACAGUGGAUCAUUUGAACAAGUAGACUACAACAGUACAUUUAAACCUUCAAACUCUGUAUCUAGCACUAUGGGUGACAGUCCAGAUGGAACAGAGGAGAUUAACAUUGAUGAUCCUCCAAUUGAUUCGGGAAAGGAGAAGAAAGGCAGUCUCGGCACCAUUCCUGUAGAUCCUACAAGACCAAAGAUGGUAACGGUUAAAAACCCAGGCCAGAACCGGGCCAAACCCACCAUGCCAGGAAAGAAAUCCUCACUCAAAGCAGACCUGGACGUGGCAAAAGAAUUUAAGAAAUGUAAAGAAGAUGAAUCAAGAAGACUUGACUUGAGUAAAUCACAGAUAACAAUUAUUCCGAGUUCUGUGAAAGAGUUGAUACAGCUUGAGGAGUUUUACCUGUAUGGAAACAAGCUAGGUACACUACCAGCAGAGAUUGGCUAUUUAACAAACUUGCAGAAGCUAGGUUUGAGUGAAAACUCACUCACCACACUGCCAGACUCACUUCAGAACCUCAAGUUCCUUAAGGUGCUUGAUCUAAGGCACAAUCGACUCAACGAGAUCCCAGAGGUUGUGUACCAGUUGCGAUCAUUGACAACGCUCUUUCUGAGAUUCAAUAGAAUUAGACAAGUUGAUGAGGAUAUCAGUAAUUUAACAAAAUUAACAAUUUUCAGUUUAAGAGAAAACAAAAUUCCUAAAUUACCUAGAGGUAUAGGAAAACUGGUGAACUUGGUGACAUUUGAUAUUUCACACAACCACCUGGAGCACCUUCCAGAGGAAAUUGGUAACUGUGUUAUGCUAUGUUCCCUUGACCUUCAGCACAAUGAGCUGCUGGACAUACCUGAAUCCAUAGGAAACCUUAAAUCUUUAUCAAGAUUAGGAUUAAGGUACAAUAGGUUGACAAGUAUUCCAAAAACACUAGCACACUGUGUUCUCAUGGAGGAGUUCAAUGUGGAGGGAAAUAACAUAUCACAAUUACCGGAAGGGCUACUAUCCAGUCUGACAAACCUGACCAGCAUCACACUGUCAAGGAAUGCUUUUCAGUCUUAUCCCACAGGGGGCCCUGCUCAGUUCUGUUCAGUCUAUUCUAUUAACAUGGAACAUAAUCAGAUCAACAAAAUUCCUCUGGGGAUAUUUUCCCGGGCACAGAGUCUUACAAAACUCAACAUGAAGGACAACCAUCUCACUUUCUUGCCACUGGACAUUGGAAGCUGGGUAAAUAUGGUGGAAUUGAAUUUAGGUACCAACCAACUGACCCGCAUCCCUGACGACAUCCAGAACUUAGAGAAGUUGGAAGUUUUAAUUCUUAGUAAUAAUUUGUUAAGGAGGUUACCUCCUAGCAUAGGUAAUUUGAAAAAGUUACGAGUACUGGAUCUAGAGGAGAAUAAAUUGGAGUCUCUACCUCAAGAAAUUGGUCAGUUACGAGAGCUAACGAGACUAGUAGUUCAAUCCAACCAACUCACAAGCCUUCCUCGAGCUGUUGGGAUGCUGAGCAAGUUGGAGUAUCUUGGUGCUGGAGAAAAUAAUCUCACAUCUCUACCUGCUGAAAUAGGUACAUUGGAGAACCUGGAGUCGCUGUAUAUCAAUGACAACCCAGACCUCCACAGCCUGCCCUAUGAGCUUGUAUUGUGUAGUCAUCUACAGAUCAUGAGCAUAGAAAAUUGUCCUCUUAGUCAGAUUGCUCCAGAGAUUGUAGCCAAAGGACCGUCAUUAGUAAUACAGUAUUUGAGAAUCCAGAGUCCAUACAACCCAAUGUGAAGUGAGUGGACACAGCGAGACCUGAUGGAGUAGUGAUAAAUGUUCUGUGAUCUUAAACGUCUGUUUUCCCUGCUUUAUUAUGGGAUUCCACAAAGCAGAGUUAUUUAUGUCGGGUUGCUGCAAGAGACUUAUAAACUGACUGCACAUAUUUAUAAAAAUGAAAUCAUGCAACAAUGAUUUUUAACAGUU